GCGGACUGCUGGAGGCUUGGAGUUGUUACAGUCCUCAAAGUAAUUUGGAAAUGGAGGAAUGAUCACCAUGCUGCUGUUACCUCGCUGGCGACCUCGAAAUACAAGGCCAUUCUCAGGGCUCGGCUCCAGGACUCGUAUUGCACUGUUGAAAACACAUAUCGCGCAGCUGGUCGAUCGCGGGCUCACAUACGGGCAAUACAUGCUGUCAUUGGAGCACUCAAUGGACAUUGGAAACCUACUUUGUUCCAAAUAGAGGGUGGGUCGGCACAGUUUGUGUUAUUUUUUUACGGUGGAUCUCGUGGGAAUCCAGGACCAGGGGGCAGUGGAGCAGUCAUCCUGAAGAUCGACAGCGAUUCUAACACGGGCAAAGCUAUAUGGGCGACUAGCAUGUCGUACGCGGCACCUACUACUACAAAUAACCAAGCGGAGUACAGGGGGCUACUACAAGGACUCCUUCAUGAUCAGCGAACUACAACAUUGAGACCACUACACGUCGUGGGAGAC